AUUCAUUGCAACAUUCAGAAAAGGCAAAGUGUACUUUGAAAAGGCUGGGGGAGAAGUGGGAAGAAAAUAUUGGGAAAGAGUAGGAGCCCUUGUCCAGGCUUUGUGAUGGCAGGCUCCUUGUUGGGCUCCUCUGCUCUGCUUUUCCUAUGUGUACUUUGUUCUCCUCUGAAUGCUCAGAUUGACUGUGGGCCACCACCUAGAAGAGAAAGGGAAGAACUUGCAGAUCUGACAGUCAAAGAGUCAUAUUCACAUAAUGAAUAUGUUCUGUACAACUGCCGACCUGGGUACAUAAAAGUUGGACGCUUUCGAUUGAAAUGCAAUAAUGGAAGAUGGGAUGAAACACCACCAUACAUUCAAUGCAAAAAAAAACCUUGUGGACAUCCUGGGGAUAUCCAGUCCGGCUCUUUUGAACUUGUUGAAGGAGAAGAUUUUUCUUUUGGUGCUCGUGUUGAGUACCGAUGCGAGGAAGGUUAUAAAAUGCUCAGUCAUACAAAUUACCGAGAAUGCCGGGCAGAUGGAUGGAGUAAUGAUGUUCCUCACUGUGAAAUAACAAAGUGUUUCCCUGUAAGAGAACCAAAAAAUGGAAGAAUCCUUAUGACUGGCAUAAUGGAUCUGAACCAAGAUUUUCCUUAUGGCCACCUACUACAAUUUGAAUGUAAUGAUCCCUUCAAAAUCAAAGGCUCCAAUCAAAUAGUUUGUACUUCUGAUGGAACUUGGAGUGCAGAAGUACCAACAUGUGUCGAAAUAACAUGCGAACCACCUAAUAUUGCCCAUGGGAGUGUAAGAAACUCAAAGACCAUUUACCGGAAUGGUGAACGGAUACAAAUUUCCUGUGAUGAUGGAUAUAAACCUGUAGAUAGAGAGGACGCAACAUGCACACGGGAUGGAUGGAACACAAGAGUUGAAUGUACAGCUAUUGUAUGCCGACAACCACAAAUUGAUCAUGGGAACAUUAGACCAGAGCAAUUGCUGUACCAAUAUCAAGACUCAAUUGAUGCAUCCUGUGAGGAAGGAUAUCGUAACACUGAAACCUCUUUCUGCACUGCUCGUGGCUGGCAACCUCCUCCAGCAUGUAUAGCAAAGCAUUGUGAAUAUCCCCGUGUUCAGAAUGGAAGAGUGUAUGAACAGCAAUCAUCCUUUCCAAAGAGACCAGGUUCCACACUUUACUUUAGAUGUGAUAAUGGUUUUCUACCAGAAGAUAAAACUAUCCCGGAUUGGUAUUUAUCAUACUGCACUAUUCGUGGCUGGGAACCAAAACCCAAAUGCUUCAAAAAAUGUGAUCCUCCUCGACGAAUUCCACAUGGUUUUUUAAAUUAUUAUCAGUGGCCACUCAUAGAGGGCAAUGUGAUUUCAUAUGGAUGUGAUAGAGGAUACAGUCCUGCAAAUCAGCAAGCAACAACCACAUGCACAAAAAAUGGCUGGUUUCCAACUCCAAGUUGCAUUGAACAAGGUAAGCAGGUUUUAGUUCAUGUUGUUGAAAAUAUCCAAUCUGAGAUUAUUUCUUUCCCCUUUUUAGAAAUUCCACGUGGAUGUCAAAAAACUCCUCUGCCUAGUGGCUUUUUCACUGCACGUAAGGAGGUGUUUUCUGUCUCUGAGAAAGUACGCUAUCAGUGUCUUCCUGGUUAUACAACCCCUAACAGGGUUGAGGAGGAAGAGAUACAGUGUCUUCAAACAGGAUGGAAUCGAGAGCCCAAGUGCAUCAAGACAUGCCCAAAGCCAUAUGGAGCAAAUGUGGAUUUUGUUGAAAAAGAAUCAUUUUUCUUGUCCCAAGAGAUACUUCACUACAAAUGUAAAGAAGGCUCUCAAGUGAGCAAAACAGCUGUUGGUGGCCACAUACAAUGCACAGAAAAUGGAUGGGAUUCAAGGCCUGCAUGCGUUGCCAUAGAAUGUGAUGUCCCCAUUCUGAGGAAUGGAAGCAUUGAAGGAAAAGACCAAUAUGCCAACCGAGACGUGGUGAAAUUUUCCUGUAAGAAAGGAUAUAGCAGAGUUGGGCCUGACUCUUCCCAGUGUUAUUAUUUUGGAUGGUCUCCACCGCCUCCUGUUUGUAAAGAAACAGUCAAGAGUUGUCAGCAACCACUUAGUAUUUCCAAUGGCACUGUCGUUGGUGAUCCUCUAGAGGUAUAUCAGCAUGGCGAGAAGCUGUUUUAUGAGUGUGAUAUUGGAUUUGUAAUGUCUGGAUCAAAUACAGUAGAAUGUGUUGAUGGAGAGUGGACCUCCCUGCCAUCCUGCACAGAGGAAGUGAAAUUCUGUAGAAAACCUCAACAAAUCAGAAAUGGAAGAACUGUUGGUGUUGAUUCAAACUCAGACAGAUAUGGACAUAAUGAAACAGUAAAAUAUGAAUGUUCUCCAACUUACUUCCUUGUUGGAACCAACCCUGCCAGAUGUCUUCAUGGAAAGUGGAAAACACCCGAGUGCAGUAAAAAAUGUAAAAGGCCAGAAGGUAUAAAGUUUGGACCACGAGUUCCUCAUUCAAUGUAUUUUGACAACAACACGGUUAUAAGCUACAUCUGUGGUGUUAGCCAGCAUGAGACAAAGUGUGUUAAUGGAAAAUGGUUUCCUGAACCUGAAUGCACAGAACUCUGCCCACCACCACCACAGCUUCCAAAUGCUAUCAAUAUAUCAGAAACAAGAAACUAUAAAAAUGGCAAAGAGGUUGGCUUCACUUGCAUGGAACAUUUUCUUCUUCAAGGACCUCCAAAAAUAUCAUGUGAAUAUGGACGUUGGCAGACUCCACCACGCUGUAUUGAUCAAAGAUGUGAACAUCCCCCUUCAAUUGACAAUGGUGAAGUAGAAAAUCUUUCCCAGAACAAAUAUCUUCCCGGUGAAACUGUGGAAUAUCAUUGUCUUGAAGGUUUUGAAAUCAGUGGACCUUCGUUUGCAACAUGUGGAAAUGCUAAGUGGCAGAAACUUCCAGUUUGCAAAGAAAAGAUGUGUGGCCAGCCCCCUCUCAUUGACAAUGCUUCAUUCACUAAAAAAGUAAAAAACAGAUAUCAAUCUGGGGAAACAGUGAAUUAUGAGUGCCAUCCUGGUUUUGCUGCUGAAGGACCACUGAUUCUGACAUGCCAAAGAGGUGAAUGGUCAGAAUCUUCCACCUGUGAAGAUGUAACCUGUGGAGAACCUCCUCUGGUUGCUAAUGGUGAUAUUGUGGAGAACAGAGACAGCAUUGUGGUGAACAGAGACAACAUUUAUCUUCCUGGUCAAGAACUGCAUUAUGAAUGCCAUAAAGAUUUUGAAAUAUCUGGACGAGAUACUAUAAGGUGUGAAAAUCAGGAAUGGUCAAAACCACCAACAUGUGAAGAUAUGAGUUGUCCGCCUCCACCUGACAUUCUGCAUGGUUGGCUUCGAGGAAAUAGAAAACCAAAGUAUUCGCCUAAUGAAAGCGUGCAGUAUCAGUGUGGCAAUGGCUACUAUAUUUCUGGAUCUCGUAUAGUAAAGUGUUUGAAGAAGCAAUGGUCAGAAGCACCCCAAUGCAGAGUUAAUACAGGAAAAUGUGGUCAUCCACCUUCUAUUGAAAAUGGAGAUUUUAUUGAACUUGUAAAAGAAGAAUAUAAAUCGGGUGAUUGGGUGACAUACAAAUGCCAACGUUUCUACAACAUGAAAGGAAAUGCAGUAGUACGUUGUCAAGAUGGCCUUUGGUCGGACACCCCAGAGUGCAUAGUCCCAUGUACAGCAAGUGAGGAAGACAUGGAACGUAACAAUAUAAAGCUGAAGUGGUCAUGGGCUGAAAAACUAUAUUCCAAAGAUGGGGAUAUAGCAGAAUUUGCCUGUAAAUGGGGCUAUAGUCCAGUUGUGCAUGUUAACCUAUUCAGAGUACACUGUGUCAAUGGCACAUUUGAAUACCCACGAUGCGAAUGAUAUGUGUGAAUAUAAGGAAUGGGGAGGAGUGUACAAGGAAGAUUUUUAAUGAGCAUGCCAUCUUCAGAAAAGAUAGCUUAAUUAUCUUCAAUAGCUUAAAAUUACUCUAGAUUUUCGCAAACACAUUUUUCAAAGAUUAUACACAGCUACUUUGAAUGGACUGUGAACAUUUUAACAGACAUGUUGUUUUUAGAAAACAGAACUCCAGUAUUUGUAAAGGGUGAAGUUAUAGGAAGCCCAUUGUAAAUUUCCAAACAAGCAAAUGUAUUGAAAGGGGAAAAAAUAAAUGCACGUACUGUGAGUGUGAACUCAUAAUGGGGUUUAACAGACUAAAGAAUACAGUAGCUGUAUAUAAUUUCAGUAGUUACUUUUUGUUUGUAAAAUGUUUGUGUAUUUUGAAAAAUAAAAUAAAAAGCACCUAUUUGCAAAA